CCCAAGUUUCGAACGCAAACUAUUUCUUCCGUUUUGAGUGAGCACGGUCAGUACGUCCAUUGUAAGAAAAUGACUAACCAGCUUUGUAAACUAUUCGUCGGCGGCCUAAAUGUCCAAACAACCGACGAAGGCUUACGGAGUCACUUUGAACAGUAUGGACAGCUAACCGACUGCGUGGUGGUGAUGAACCAGCCGCUUCAGCGCUCCCGUUGCUUCGGCUUUGUAACGUACUCGAGCACCGAGGAAGCGGACGCCGCCAUGUCUGCUAGGCCGCAUGUCGUAGACGGCAACACAGUGGAUCUGAAGAGAGCGGUGGCCCGGGAAGACGCCGGCAGACCCGAGGCCCUGGCCAAAGUCAAGAAAAUAUUUAUCGGGGGUUUGAAAGAUGACAUCGAGGACGAGCACCUCAGUGACUAUUUCUCCCAGUUCGGUGCCAUCGAGAAGGCUCAGGUGAUCACCGACAAAGACACCGGGAAGAAACGUGGUUUUGGCUUUGUCUACUUCGAGGACAACGACUCGGCCGAUAAAGCCGUCGUGAUGAAGUUCCAUACGGUCGGCGGACACAAGGUGGAGGUGAAGAAGGCGCUCACCAAGCAAGAGAUGCAAGGGGCCGGUGGUCGGGGCGGGAGGGGAGGCCGGGGUAUGGGCCGACCUCAAAGUGGCUACGGCGGCGGAAGAGGCGGUUACUAUGGCGACUAUCAGAAUGGUGGCUACGGAGGUGGAUACGCUAGCAGUGGCAGCAACGAAAGCCAAGUGGGCUACGGGAGCUACGGUGGAGGCUACACCGAUCAGAUGGCCGGCGGGUACGGCAGCGGGAAUGGCUACAGUGACUUCGGUGCGGAUUAUGGACAGCAGCCUUCUGGUUACGGUGCCAUGAAAACGGGAUAUGGCGGCAGGAGCAGUGCGCCUUACACACGUGGUGGUGGAGGCGCUGGCUAUGGAAGGGGUGGAUAUGGCGGAUAUUAGAAGCACCAAUGUGACUCUUUAUGUCCUUUUUACACUUCCAACUGGACUUUAAAAAACGAAUCGUUUGAUCGGGGUAUUGGUAGUUUUGUUUAUAUUGGGUAACUGUGAGGUGUAUUAUUUGGGAACCUCCUCUCCCCACGUUGCCCUUUAUGUUGCUGUUCGGUGCCAUUUGUAGUAUGCACAGAUACCAGUUUUAUUUCACUUUUAAUUGUGAUUUUAUUUUGGUUUUUUAUAAAUUGUUUAGGUAUGAAGUGGUCACUCUUGCCCAGGUCAGGCCGAUAUGUUAUAGGUUAAUUGCCAGACCAAUGUUUAGUAUUGAGAUGAAACUCAGGGGUAAUAACUAAAUUUACGCAGUUUUUUUUU